UAGGACUGGAAGGUUCUGGUCAGUAGGGAUAAGACUGGAAGGUUCUGGUUAGUAGGUAUAGGACUGGAAGGUUCUGGUCAGUAGGUAUAGGACCGGAAGGUUCUGGUCAGUAGGUAUAGGACUGGAAGGUUCUGGUCAGUAGGUAUAAGACUGGAAGGUUCUGGUCAGUAGGGAUAUGACUGGAAGGUUCUGGUCAGUAGGGAUAGGACUGGAAGGUUCUGGUCAGUAGGGCUAGGACUGGAAGGUUCUGGUCAGUAGGUAUAAGACUGGAAGGUUCUGGUCAGUAGGUAUAAGACUGGAAGGUUCUGGUCAGUAGGGAUACGACUGGAAGGUUCUGGUCAGUAGGUAUAAGACUGGAAGGUUCUGGUCAGCAGGGCUAGGACUGGAAGGUUCUGGUCAGUAGGUAUAAGACUGGAAGGUUCUGGUCAGUAGGGAUAAGACUGGAAGGUUCUGGUCAGUAGGUAUAAGACUGGAAGGUUCUGGUCAGUAGGUAUAGGACUGGAAGGUUCUGGUCAGUAGGGAUAUGACUGGAAGGUUCUGGUCAGUAGGGAUAGGACUGGAAGGUUCUGGUCAGUAGGUAUAGGACUGGAAGGUUCUGGUCAGUAGGGCUAGGACUGGAAGGUUCUGGUCAGUAGGUAUAAGACUGGAAGGUUCUGGUCAGUAGGUAUAAGACUGGAAGGUUCUGGUCAGUAGGGAUACGACUGGAAGGUUCUGGUCAGUAGGUAUAAGACUGGAAGGUUCUGGUCAGCAGGGCUAGGACUGGAAGGUUCUGGUCAGUAGGUAUAAGACUGGAAGGUUCUGGUCAGUAGGGAUAAGACUGGAAGGUUCUGGUCAGUAGGUAUAAGACUGGAAGGUUCUGGUCAGUAGGUAUAGGACUGGAAGGUUCUGGUCAGUAGGUAUAAGACUGGAAGGUUCUGGUCAGUAGGGAUAAGACUGGAAGGUUCUGGUCAGUAGGUAUAAGACUGGAAGGUUCUGGUCAGUAGGUAUAGGACUGGAAGGUUCUGGUCAGUAGGGCUAGGACUGGAAGGUUCUGGUCAGUAGGUAUAAGACUGGAAGGUUCUGGUCAGUAGGUAUAAGACUGGAAGGUUCUGGUCAGCAGGGCUAGGACUGGAAGGUUCUGGUCAGUAGGUAUAGGACUGGAAGGUUCUGGUCAGUAGGUAUAGGACUGGAAGGUUCUGGUCAGUAGGUAUAGGACUGGAAGGUUCUGGUCAGUAGGGCUAGGACUGGAAGGUUCUGGUCAGUAGGUAUAGGACUGGAAGGUUCUGGUCAGUAGGGAUAUGACUGGAAGGUUUUGGACAUAUGGAGAAUCUUCAUUACCAUCCAAGUCAAUAAUGUAUUAUUAGCUACAUAAUUCAUAAUCUCUCGUGACAGUUUUCUCAUUAAAUCCAGGAACUGAUUUGGUUCUGGGUGCCACGAUGACAUCAUUCAUCCAGUUGAUUAAUCCACACCUCCAUGCAAUGUGGUAUCCCUUAUUAUGUCUCCAUUUAGUUUGAAGGAUUUUGAAGACUAGAUAAAAGACCAUUGAAGGUGUCAUCUUGGAUUUCAUGUAUGGAAAACAUGCUAGAAUACAAUCAACACUAAAUGCAUUCAAGUUAUUGCUGCCUUAGCGCUCUAAUUAACUUCCAUCCAUCUCCCUUCACCCCCUCUUCUGCUCCCCGCCCCUUCACAAGGGUCCCCCUGACUCCCGCCCCCUGACCCCCACCCACUGAACCCCAGCUCAGGCUAGAGCCGCGAUAACAAGGGGUCAGUGAUGGGAGGCGGGACAUUCCUAAUCUGCAGAGGGGUCAUGAGGAAUAUAAGAAGUCCGGUCAGCCCAGCCUGGCCCUCAGAGCCAACCUAGCAUAGAGAUCCACACAUCUGCUAUAGAGAGCUGCGCUCAGCGCCCACGCCCGCUCCUCUGGCUAGCCUUCACCCAAGCAGCAGUUGAUGAGAUUUCAUCAACUUUACUUCAGAGAGGGAUUGAACACAUAACCAGCUGCACACACCAACCAGCUAACUAAUAACCAUGAAUCUCGAGGUCCCCAAGUUGGAGAUCAAGUCUGCCACCCGUGUCACUGGAGGCCCUGCAACACCACGCAAGGGACCCCCUAAAUUCAAGCAGAGGCAGACUCGCCAGUUCAAGAGCAAGCCCCCAAAGAAGGGAAUUCAGGGCUUUGGCGAUGAUAUCCCUGGAAUGGAGGGCUUAGGCACUGACAUCACAGUAAUCUGCCCCUGGGAGGCCUUCAACCACCUGGAGCUUAGCGAGCUGGCCAAAUAUGGUAUCAUCUAAGUCAUCCAGACCUUCACCAUCCAUCCCACAGUCCUCUGCAUCCACCUCCAUCUACUUCAAACCAUGCAUGUGCCUCGAGCACUCUCACUGCGUUUGACUAGAACUAUCAAACAUAAACUAAAGCAAAGAAUUGUCUGCAAAAAAAUAAUAAUAAUAAAGAAAGCUUUACAGAAAAA